AUAUUUUAAAACGAAAUUUGGCUUUUCUAUUGUUGUUGUUGGCUUUAGAUCCUUGUGAUCGGAUGCUUUGGCGCAGAAUGCCCUAAUUAGCCAUCGUCGGUGCCUUUUCCGAUUACAGAAUGAAUGCAACGUUGAAUUCUGGAAUUGUUUUCACUGAAGACAUAGCCGACGGCAGUGAUUCGGAUACGAAUUCAGCUGAAGGAUCGGAUUACUACGAGCCGAUCUCGGCCAUUGAUGGUGAAGAAUCGGAUAUAGCUGAAUCAGAGGACGAAACCUACAGCUCCGAUCCUCAUUUCCACCAGUUACCUAACGGAUGCGGUGUAGAGAAUGCAGUUUCAUCUCUUACCUUGAACGACGAUGUGGAGAGAAGGUGUAGUGAUGACGAAGAGGAGGAGAGGAUGAGAGUUGCUUCUGAUUCGGCGAUAAGAAUGGCUUUUAGAGAGGAUGAAACUCGGCGGAAUGCACCGCUGUCGCCGGAGAAUACAACGAGAAUUAUGGAAGCCAUGCGCGGCAUUUCGUUUGAUGGCUCUGCUCCAGAUUGGACUCGGAUUGUGUCCGAGGAUCGUUGGAUUGAUCAGCUUCGAAGGCUUAGGCAAACGCCUACUGUUUCCAAUAGUCUCGGGAACUGAUAAAUGGAACGUUUGGCAUUUCAAAAUUCAGAUCCCUUCUUCUUCUUCUUCUUCUUCCUCUUCUUCUUCAUCAUUCCUUUGGUUUAUGUUAAAGAAUUAUCCCAUGACUCUCUGGACUAUCCUCAUGAAUAAAGAUCCUUCUGGGUUUUGAUUCACGAACAGUUCCUCCAUUUCUCAAUCCUAAGUGAUUUCUUCCAUAUAUCAUAAAUUGAAUGCCAUUCAAUAUAUGCUUAGAUUGAGUUUUAUGAUUCAAACUUGUAGUUUCCUGCUGAGUUAAUCUUGAAAGAAUUCCGAAGCCAUGACCUUCAAUGAGCUGCUUGCUUGAUUAAAGCUCUUGAAGCCACAAAUGUAUUGAUUUCUGUCCAACCCGGGCUAGAACCUGAUGAUGAAAUGGUUCCCAAAAUAAGCUCAAAAUAGAGGUUAGGGUUGCCAUUACUAACCUAUUUGAAUUGACGAUGUUAGAUUCAAACUCUUUCCCUCUCCCCUCUUUGCUCUCUUUAAUUCUUGCUUCCAAAUAUGUAAUAUUGAUAUUGAUGAAGUUGAAACAAAUUCUUAGUGAAAAUUCGAAUUGUCA